AUGGAGAAAAUGUCCCGGGUCACCACAGCCCUGGGCAGCACCGGCGUCAGCGGCCGGACCAUGUUCUGCCACCUUGACGCGCCGGCCAACGCCAUCAGCGUGUGCCGCGACGCCACGCAGGUGGUGGUAGCCGGCCGCAACAUCUUCAAAAUCUACGCGCUGGAGGAUGAACAGUUCACCGAGAAGAUGAACCUGCGCGUGGGACGCAAGCCGUCACUCAACCUCAGCUGCGCCGACGUCAUGUGGCACCAGAUGGACGAGAACCUGCUGGCCACUGCCGCCACCAACGGCGCAGUGGUGACGUGGAACCUUGGCAAGCCGUCGCGCAACAAGCAGGAUCAGCUGUUCACCGAGCACAAGCGCACGGUCAACAAGGUGUGCUUCCAUCCCACCGAGGUGUACAUGCUGCUGAGCGGAUCGCAGGACGGCUUCAUGAAGUGCUUCGACCUCCGCAAGAAGGAGUCCAUCAGCACUUUCUCAGGUCAGUCAGAGAGUGUACGAGAUGUCCAGUUCAGCAUGAAGGAUUAUUUCACCUUUGCCGCUUCCUUCGAGAACGGAAACGUCCAGCUUUGGGACAUCAGGCGCCCUGACCGCUAUGAGCGAAUGUUCACCGCUCACACAGGCCCUGUUUUUUGUUGCGACUGGCACCCGGACGACAGGGGCUGGUUAGCUACAGGCGGGCGGGAUAAAAUGGUAAAAGUCUGGGACAUGACUACAAACCGCGCCAAAGAGAUUUACUGCGUCCAAACCAUCGCCUCGGUGGCGCGCGUCAAGUGGCGCCCGGAGAGGAAGUUCCAUUUGGCUACAUGCUCCAUGAUGGUGGACCACAACAUCUACGUGUGGGACGUGCGCCGGCCGUUCAUCCCCUUCGCCACCUUCGAGGAGCACAAGGACGUGACCACGGGUAUCGUGUGGCGACACCAGCAUGACCCUCACUUCCUGCUGUCUGGCUCCAAGGACAGCACAAUGUACCAGCACAUGUUCAAGGACGCUACGCGACCGGUUGACAAAGCAAACCCGGAGGGACUGUGCUUCGGCCUGUUUGGCGACUUGGCCUUCGCAGCUAAGGAGAGUCUGAUUAGCAGCGACGCCAACAGGAAGUCCUACCCCGGCGGCGACCGCCGCUACCCUAUCUUUUUCUUCAAAAGGCCCGACCCGACGGAACAAUUCGCUCACGUGUCCAGCGCCCUCAGCGUCUUCGAGACUGACUUGGACAGCAAUCGCAUGGACUGGUUCGUCAAGACUGCGCAACUCUAUCUCCUCGGCGGGAAGCCUUUCGCCGAACUGUGCGACCACAACGCCGAGGUGGCUCGGCAGCUCAAAAGACCACAGGUUUCCACAACAUGGACCAUGUUGAGAAUCAUGUUCUCGGACCCGGCAAACAUCACAACUCCCGGCAAACUCGGCACACUACCUCUCAUGAACAGCUUCAGUAUGAAGGAGCUGGUCAACGAAAGCAGACUGGAACGCAACAAAGGUGACGGCAGACAGGACAACAUCCACUUGGAACCAGAAAACAUCAGCAAUAAUAACGAAGAAAACGAGGAGACUGAGGGAAGUGAAGGCCAAGCAGAGUACAUGUUCGGGGACGCCGAGCUGGAUGAUGACGAUCUUUAUUCGGUGGAACAUGACAACCAGACGGCAGAGGAGCAGGAGUGCACGCUCCCUCAGGAAGCUUUCCAGCUACGUCACGACAUCCUGGACAAUCCGUCGGCGCCGGAACACUUGCAACAGGACAAGGCCGAUUCGCCGCACGUCAGCGGCAACGAGGCCGAGCCGGUGUGCCUGACGCCCAUAGAGUCCUUCUCACUCAUCUCCAUCUCGCAGCCGCUCUUCACGCCCGAUCUGCCCGCCAGCUUCUUUUGCCCCAUCGUGCGCGAAAUGCUAGGCUACUACGCCGAGAAGGGCGACGUGCAGAUGGCAGUCUCCGUGCUCGUCGUAUUGGGCGAGCGCAUACGAAAAGAGAUUGACGACCUCACGCAGGAGCACUGGUACAUGUCCUACAUCGACCUCCUCCAGCGCUUCGAGCUGUGGAACGUCUCCAACGAAGUGAUCAAACUAAGCACGUGCGGCGCCAUCACCUGCCUGAAUCAGACCUCCACCACGCUGCACAUCAACUGCAGCAACUGCAAACGGCCCAUGAACAACAGAGGCUGGAUUUGCGACCGCUGCCGCCAGUGCGCCAGCGUCUGCGCCGUCUGCCACCACGUGGUCAAGGGGCUCUUCGUGUGGUGCCAGGGAUGCAGUCACGGCGGGCACCUGGAGCACAUCAUAAACUGGCUAAAGAGCAGCCCGCACUGCCCUGCCGGUUGCGGACAUCUUUGUGAGUACACGUAA